GGCAGGGAGUCCGUUGGGCGUUCCGAUCUCUCCACUAUGGUCUGGACUUCCUACAUUUGGACGUUUGGCACUGUUAUUUCUCAGGCGUCAACUUGGUCGCCACAGAGGGACUCUGUUCGACUUCUUUCUGGCCUGUGGCUGCUGAUAUCAGUCAUCUUGGUUCUAGUUUACCGUUGUAACCUGAAGGCGAUGCUCAUCAUGCCCAAGGUUCAAGUCCCCUUCAACAGCCUCGAGGAGUUGAUGGAGACGGACAUCCACGUGUUUUUACCUGAAGGGACGCUGAUUCAUUAUCUUGUAACGAUCGCUCCACCCGGCUCCCUGCUCCACCGAGUCAACGACCGGCUCACACUCCACACUAGCCCGCCUCUGGCAAUGAAGGAAAGCAGUGCUGGAAAAUAUGUUAUCGUCGCCUCUGAUUUCGUAAUGAGACCUCUUUUUCACGAUAUGUUCUCAAUGGCAAAUUCCUGUCCCAUGUAUAUUGCGUCUGAGCGUAUCUACACUGGAAUAUCUUCUGGCUUCGCAUUUCCCAAGGGCUCGCCUCUCAAACACGUGCUGGACCCCAUUCUCAGAAGACUUCUGGAAUUUGGCAUCCUCGAACAUUUGUAUCUUUCUGCAGUACGUAAUGGAACCGUUUGUUUUACACCUGAGUCCUUCACCAGACCCAAAAACAGCCUUCGGCCACUGAAACUGGAGGACUUUUAUGGCGUCUUCGCUGUUUAUGCCGGAGGAAUGUUGUUGGCGUCUGUGGUGCUGCUGGUGGAAGUGGCUCUCAAGGGUCACCAGGCACUCAAAGGUCGGCCUGAACUACAACACUGACUUGGGGUCGGUCAGUGGCGUUACUGCUGGAAACAUCAAAGGGCAUGUGCGAUCAUCACAUUAAGUGAAGAAAUAAAAUCCUUUUUUGUUACUGGAAAAGUUAUGAAGUAUAUUAGUAAAUUAUCUUAGAUAGAUUUAUUUGUGUUUAACAUUUAUGAGCAAAAUAAAACGCUUUGAAGGC